AUGAAGCUGGCGAGUGCGUGUGUGAAGUUGGUUCUUCUGACAGCUUUGCACGCUCUUUCUGCGGCUACGUCUGCGAGUGACACCCGUGCUACAGGGAGAGUUUUGAGCCAAACCAUGGAGAGAAAAGCCUCGUCGCGGCAGAAAGACUACGGGACGACGAUACCUCUUCAGCUGCAGGGGAGAGAGUGGAAGCCAGUGCAUGAGCUAAGAUACAAGAUCCACCACCCGUCGUCUCUAAAGCUGCAGAUUGAAGUGGAAGGUGAACGGCUUCUCCUGAAUCUAGAAAAGAAUCAUGGGUUGUUUGCCAGUUCUUACUCUGAGACGCAUUAUCAGGAGGACGGCAGCUCGGUGACCGGACGUCACAACUUUACAAUCAACUGCUACUAUCACGGAGAGGUGGAGGGCCGAGAAGGCUCCGACGUGACCCUGAGCACCUGCGACGGGGUCAGAGGCUUCCUGUCCCUCGCAGACCGGUCGUUUGUCCUGGAGCCGUCCUCGGAGCACUCCGAUGGGACUCACUGGGUUUACUCUGCCCAGCACCUGCAGCUGCCCCGGGGCACCUGCGGCCACGAGGGUCUUAAUAUGUCCUCCAGGAUCUCCUCACCCUCUGCUCCCGCUCACACCGAUCCGACCCAGGACCAGGGGAACGUUUUCAGAGCAUUCAGCACACGGAACAAGCGCCACGCACAGACAACCACCAAGUACGUGGAGCUCAUCAUCGUCGCCGACAACAGAGAGUUUCAGAAGCAAGGCAAGGACGUGGAGCGGGUCAAGCAGAGGCUGGCGGAGAUCGCAAAUUACGUCGACAAGUUCUAUCGGGCUCUGAACAUCCGCGUGGCUCUGGUCGGCCUGGAGGUGUGGAGCGACGUGGAUAAGUGCCCCGUCACCCAGGACCCCUUCACCACUCUGCACGAGUUUUUAGACUGGAGGAAAGUCAAACUGCUGCCGGUGAAACCACACGACAACGCUCAGCUCAUCAGUGGGGUUUACUUCCAGGGCACCACCAUCGGAAUGGCCCCCAUCAUGAGCAUGUGCACAGCGGAGCAGUCCGGAGGCAUCGUCAUGGAUCACUCGGACAACCCUCUGGGCGCAGCCGUCACUUUGGCCCACGAGCUCGGACACAACUUUGGGAUGAACCACGACACUCCGGAGCGAGGCUGCGGCUGUCGAGUGACCGUGGACCGCGGCGGCUGCAUCAUGACGCCCUCCACCGGCGCUUUCAAUACCAUCAGGCCGGCACUGCUGCGGGGGAAGAUGGAGGACGCGGGAGUGGACAGUAGCUUCACUGCAUGGACCAUCAACUACCUCUCAGACCGACCACAGUAUCCAUUCCCGACCAUCUUCAGCAGCUGCAGUAAGAAAGACCUGUCGGCGAGCCUGGAGAAGGGCGUGGGCAUGUGCCUGUUCAACAUGCCCGAGAUCAAGGUCCUCUACGGGGGUCAGAAGUGCGGCAACGGCUACGUGGAGGAGGGCGAGGAGUGCGACUGCGGCGAGCCCGAGGAGUGUUUGAACCCGUGUUGUAACGCCACCACCUGCACUCUUAAAGGGGAUUCUGUGUGCGCCCAUGGACAGUGCUGCCACGAUUGCCAGCUGAAGCGAGCCGGAACGCCGUGCCGCGAGUCCGGAAACUCCUGUGACCUUCCAGAAUUCUGCACCGGGACGAGCCCCCACUGUCCCGCCAACGUGUACCUCCACGACGGCCACGCCUGCCUCAGCGUUGACGGAUACUGCUAUAACGGCAUCUGCCAAACACACGAGCAGCAGUGUGUCACGCUGUGGGGACAAGGGGCCAAAGCGGCUCCAGGGAUCUGCUUCGAGAGGGUGAACUCUGCCGGAGACCCCUACGGCAACUGUGGCAAAGACAACAAGGGACUGUUCGCCAAAUGUGAGCCGCGAGACGCCAAAUGUGGGAAGAUCCAGUGUCAGGGCGGAGCCAGCCGUCCGGUCAUUGGCACCAACGCCGUUUCCAUAGAGACCAACAUCCCCCUGCAGGAGGGUGGUCGCAUCCUGUGCCGAGGGACCCACGUCUAUCUGGGGGACGACAUGCCAGACCCGGGACUGGUGCUGACCGGGACCAAGUGUGGCAACAGCAUGAUGUGUCUGAAUCGCCAGUGUCAGAACGUGAGUGUCUUUGGCGUUCAUCAGUGUGCCGCCAAGUGCAGCAGCCGAGGGGUUUGUAACAACAACAAGAACUGCCACUGCGAAGCACACUGGGCUCCUCCUUUCUGUGAUAAAUCCGGGUUUGGAGGCAGCGUGGACAGCGGCCCGAUCCGAAUCGCAGACCACAGCAGUGUGAUGGCCCUGGUGCUGGUGGCUCUUCUCUCGCUCCUGGGAGCUACUCUGGUUUUCUGCCUGAAGAGGAAGUCUCUGCUUGGGUUACUCUUCACCGACAACAAGGGUCCUCUGGAGAAACUCAGGUCGGUCAGCGCUGGUUUGAGUGGAGCGAAUCCUAAUCCUAAUCCGGCGCCUCCUGCAUCCUCCACCGUCUCUCCUUCUCGACCUCCUAAGCCACAGACCUCCUCCAUCUUCGAGCCUGAAUCGGCGUCCUCUCCUGCUCCAUAUCCAUCCCACAGUUUGAGGAGACUCCCCCAGUGUCCCCCCGUCCCGCUGUCCAUCACCCUCUCUCUGUCUCCGGGUCCCGUCCAGCCCCGCCCGCCCCUCCCCCCUCCCCACAGAGCUCCGCCUCCUCGCCACGCAGAGCUCCACCCCCCUCCCCACAGAGCUCCGCCCCCUCCCCACAGAGCUCCGCCUCCUCAUCAGCUAAGGGGCGUGUCUGUGAGAAGCGUGCCUCGCCACAGGAUGGUCAUGGAGUUGGAGAAGCCCAGUCCUCCGCAGAAGCCUCUCCCUGCGGACCCCCGAGGAGUGCGUCUGAUCAGGGGCCCCUCAGUGAACCAGGCCCCCUCCUCCGGCGCCUCCUCUGUCCCGGGACACUCUGCUGCGUUUGGGGUAAAUACUGAAGGACCGCGGCCUCUUCGACCCACGCCGCACACAAACAGGUCCAGCCCCAAACACCCGGUCCCGCUACCGAAGCCUUGUCUCAUCAACAUCAAAUACAGCUGA